AUGGCCCUCCUGCCCAUUCUGGGCUCCCCCUCCUUCCCGUUCCCGGCCUCGCGCCCCGCCCGCCCGUCCAGGCGAAAAUGUGGCCCUGCGGCGCGCAUGAAUUUCAGGUGCUCUGCAGGAGAGAGGGCCAACACUGGGAUAUCCAAGCAUCUGCUCUCGUGCCUUGCUGCUUCCCUCGUCUUCAUCUCCCCACCUAGUCAGGCUGUUCCUGCAGACACCUUUGCCCGGCCCAGCUUGUGCCAGGUUGCGGUGGUGGCCGCCAUCGACAAAGGCGCCGUCCCUCUCAAAUUCGACGCCCCUUCCGAUGAUGGGAUGAUGAUGAUGACCAAGGGCAUGACCGCCAAGAACUUCGAUCCAGUUCGCUACUCCGGUAGGUGGUUCGAGGUGGCAUCGCGCAAAGGCGGGUUCGCUGGUCAGGGACAAGAAGACUGCCAUUGUACUCAGGGAGUGUAUACAUUUGAUGAGAAGGCGGGCGCGAUCAAGGUGGAGACAUUCUGUGUCCAUGGUUCACCUGACGGAUACAUCACCGGUAUCCGGGGGAAGGUGCAAUGCCUGUCUCAAGAGGACAUGGCUGGUGCGGAGACUGAUCUCGAGAGGGAGGAGAUGAUCAGCAGCAAGUGCUUCCUGCGGUUCCCGACACUCCCGUUCAUACCCAAGCUACCCUAUGAUGUCCUAGCGACCGACUACGACAAUUACGCCGUCGUCUCUGGAGCAAAGGACACCAGCUUUAUUCAGAUAUACUCAAGGACGCCAAACCCUGGACCGGAGUUCAUCGAGAAGUACAAGUCAUACGCCGCCGGCUUCGGCUACGACCCAAGCAAGAUCAGGGACACGCCGCAGGACUGCGAGGUGUCCUCGGACCAGCUUGCGGAGAUGAUGUCCAUGCCCGGGAUGGACCAGGCCCUGACGAACCAGUUCCCGGACCUGAAGCUCAAGUCGUCGGUCGCGUUCGACCCGUUCACGAGCGUGACCCAGACCCUGAAGAAGCUCGCCGAAGUGUAUUUCAAGUAA